CUAUUGCCUCAGAAUAGAAAGGAAAUCGAAAAGUGGUUGGAGGCUGACAAGGAUGCAAUUAAUUGGGAUGAACAUAUACAACACAUUUGUGAAUUGGACAAUAACAGGAAUAUCGAAGCCAGAAAAUCUCUAAUGAGAUCCAAGAUCAAAGAUGUGAUUUGGUGCAACGCACUACUUUUAAACCCGAUCGCACCCGUUGAUGCCACAUUCGACGUAGUUGGGACAAGUUUCAUGUUGGAAUGCGCGGCAGGCUCCGAUACACCCGAGACAUUCAGACAACUUAUUAAAAACGCAUCCAAUCUUGUGAAACCUGGUGGAUUCCUUGUUCAACUAUUAUCUGGGCCUUGUACCUACUGGCGAGUUAAAAAUGUCUACUUCAGGAGCAAUGCCCCUACUCGGGAAUAUGCUGAGGAGUCUAUACGCCUUGCAGGAUUUGACAUUUUAAAAAGUCAAUGCUACGAUAUACCAGGGGAUCUAGAUAAACUUGAUGGGAAGGAAAUGUAUUUGAUCGUUUCUCAGAAACGUUAACAUCUGUAGAAUACCACCAGCAUAUGCAUAGCCUACAUUCAACUUUAUGGCACUCUUUAAAAUUCAUAAUGUCCCGAGUAUUGCGCUGUAAAAUAUCAUAAGGGUACCUGUGAUGUCACGAGUGUACAGUGUAGAAUCACGAGGGCAUCGCUUAAUGUCAUAAGAAAGUGCUUUUUAUGUCACGAAAGUAUUUGUGAUGAUACGAUGAUGCUGCUGUAAUGUCAUGAAGGCUUGGACAUUUUUUCAAAAUCCAUGAUUUUUCUAUUGUAAAUAUAUUUAAAUAGUGUAACUUUAAAUCGAAUUAAUUGCGAUAAAACUAACAAAUGCCCCACGUUAAUGUCACAUAGGAAAAGCUCAUAUCAUGCUUUACAUUCUUUUUAAAAAUGAGAAUUAUAAAAACAAGUUCCUCUAGAUCUUUUUAAAAAAGAUGUCCAAAAAUGUGUUGGGGUAAGGUCCUAUCUUAUCAAUUGAUUUUUCGAAGAGUUGGAUUGAUAUAAUUCAAUCACCAUGGCAACCAUACUUGGGGGAAAACAUAUUGUCCGAUGAGAAAUUCGUACUUACAUAUUGUAUGGUGAGAGAAUAUUCAUGGUGUUAAAGAUAUGUCUGUCUUAAAUCAUUUCCCUACACAGUCCCAACCAUUUCAUUAACUUCUGAUUUAAUUGUACCC